AUGGAUAACAGAGAGAGGUACAAGAAAUAUAGAGAGAGCCAGUCUGGUCAUCCAGGCAGCACUCGCCAAAGCUCCUCAACGUUGACUACCAAACUAAAAAGCAUCUUCAAACCUUGGAAUAAAUCGAACUCAAAUGAGGGGGAAAUUUCAUUCAGUGGCAGCAACACAUCACAUUCUACCAAAAGCUCUCAACUAGAGCCAAAGUUUUUGGGCUCACCGACAUUCAAAUUGCCUGGCUCGUUUUACAAUCUGCAGCCAGAAGAGGUGUUUCCUCAUGCAGCAAAACUACCACAGCAACAACAACAACAACAACAACAACAACAACACCCUGCUCCAGUACAGCAAGCAUCUCUAAUACACUCACCGUCUAACGUUGCUGACAAAGAGGAAACAGCUGAUAACCCAAAUGAUAUUUUAUCUGCAUUUUUUAGAGAGAAAGGUGACAGUAAGCUUACUGAUGUGGAGUAUGAGGGUGUUAUCGCAUUGAUGUCAAAAUCAAAGAUGGGUACACCUUACAAACGACCAAUGACAGAAAUGAGCUUCACUGCCGAAGAGCCUUCUUUCAAGAAAAGACACGUGGGAAAUGACUCCACUAUGGUUGGGAAUCUGACUUCAAUAAUUGGAUCGACACCAUCCAGACCAAAAGCUUUCAAGAUGAGUGGAAACACCACCAUAAAUGCACCAGGGUACACUCCAAGGUACAGCAAAGUGUACAACGACACUUUCGACAGGUCUUACCUGUUGAUUAAUAAUACAACAAGAGGCAGUAUCGGCUCAUCAUCAUCAAGGAGAGUGAUCUCGAGAUCUAGACGUCCAGCCCCGUACAAAAGCAGGAUUAACACUUCCAUACUAUCUCAUGCAGCGGGUGAUGAGAAGUCUGCCAGGGAUGACAAUACUCUGAACAUCCACAUUAUCAAUGCCAAUUCCGAUAAAAGCCACAAUUCUAAACUGCCCAGCAAAGCAGCUCAAACUUUGUUGGACAUAUUGGAUGGGAAGGACAAAAUCGAUGGCACCGUCAAAGAUAAUCAACCACAUCAGAAUGAGAAGCUCAAAUUGUUUAUCAAUCCUUACGGAUCAGGUUCGGAGAGACGACAAAAGAAGGGACCAGGUGGAGUAUCUCAAACGCCUGGCGUAACUGCCCUGACUAUUGGCAAAACCAUAUCUUAUAGCAAGGCGGAUCCCUUACCAAAAGAAUUUGAACCGGCAGGGAAUACCAUACCUGAGAGCUUUACUGAUGAUUCAAAGGGAAAGGAAGCACUGGGCCAAGCAUCUACAGAAGAAGAAUUUUCAAAGACAAGCAAACCAAUUAGCUUAAACGGAGUUACAAAUGUCAAAGACAACCAUGUAUCAUCCACCACUACCUCAACCACAAACCCAUUUGGAACAAUUAACUCACAUAUACCGGCGUCAUUCACGUUUGGUAAGAAGGACCAAUCUGACAUUGGAGACUCUCAGAAGAAUGUCAGAAGUACAAAGGGUGAACUUCAUGUCAAUUUCAGUAAUGGCGGAGGUUCCAACCCUGUCGAUUCUAAUCUGCAGGUGGAAACGACCCAGCCAUUAAGCAAAAUCUUCCAAUCGAAUGGAAGUAAAGCUAACACAACAGGAGAAAGGGCCUUUAAACAGAAUCCAGUUGCCAACAGUAGCAAUGAUAAAGCACAGACUAGCAAGCCAAACAACUUGUUUUUUGGGAAUAUAGAAACGUCAACUACCGAAUCCACAAGCCAGUCAGACGCUAAAGAGAGAGGAGACUUUACAAACCUAACGAAUGGCUCAAGCCAGGAGGACUCCACACCUUCCAAAUUCUAUUUCCCAUCGCCGCAGCUUGUCACAUAUGACUUUGACGACGCAGAAGUCGACAAAUACAAGUCAGUAUUUAGCUUUUGA